CCAAACUGAACAACGUACACCAUAUAGUUAGUUAUAGCUACCACUGUAAACCGCUGCCACCAAACUCCAUCGUCUCUCUAAUGGCGGAAACUACUCAACUCAGUCAAUCACUUUUCUUUUGCUUCUGCUAACUUUCUCACCAACCAAACAACAACAUCAACAAUGGCGUCACUUCUUCCUCUCUCACUUUCACUCUCCUCCUCUUCGAUUUCUCACACAAGACUCAACACUGCUACAACUACUACUAUACUGUGCAGUUCAUCGAAUUCCAACCCGAGCGAGGCCAAUGGCUCCCUGUCUGGUUUUUUCCCGAAAAAUCGACAACAGCAAGUGAAUUCGGCUGUAACAACUCCACCGAUGACGCCGCCGCCGAGGCCUCGCCGGAUAAUCCUAGUCCGCCAUGGAGAGAGCGAAGGGAACAUCGACGAGAGCGUUUACACGAGAACCGCGGAUCCCAAGAUCUCGCUGACGAAGAGAGGAAUUGCUCAAGCUGAGGAGAGUGGGAUUGCGAUUAGGGAAAUGAUCGAGAGAGACGGAGUCCCUGAUUGGAAGGUCUACUUCUACGUUUCGCCUUACAGAAGAACCCGAGAAACUCUCCGUGGCUUGGGUCGAGCUUUCGAUCGAUCCAGAAUCGCCGGAGUCAGGGAAGAGCCUCGUCUUCGAGAACAAGAUUUUGGGAAUUUUCAGGAUAGGGAGAGAAUGAGGCACGAGAAGACGCUCCGUACACUUUAUGGGCGAUUCUUCUUUCGAUUCCCUAAUGGAGAAUCGGCUGCUGAUGUUUAUGAUAGGAUUACUGGGUUCAGAGAAACGCUGAAAUCAGAUAUUGAUGUAGGGAGAUUUCAGCCACCAGGGGAAAGAAACACAGGAAUGAAUUUGGUGAUAGUUUCACAUGGUUUGACUCUUAGAGUGUUUCUGAUGAGAUGGUACAAAUGGACUGUAGAACAAUUCGAAGGAUUGAAUAACUUUGGCAAUGGGAAGAUGAUAGUUAUGGAGAAAGGUUAUAGGGGAAGGUAUAGUUUGUUGGUACAUCACAGUGAAGAAGAGCUAAGAGAGUUUGGUUUGACAGAUGCUAUGCUUACUGAUCAGGAAUGGCAAAAAUUUGCAAAACCUGGAGAGCUGAACUAUGACUGCCCAACUUUGAAUGCCUUCUUCCCUCACUUGGAUGAAGAGUGUGCUGUAAAAUAAAUGUAUCUAUCAAUUAUUAGCUGUGAUGUACUAAAUGGAGAUGAAUCUAACUAUUAAUGAAAAACUUAGAAUUAGUCUUGAA